GUGGCUGGUGUUAGGUAUUGCCAUGGUGCGGUUUUAUAUACAGAAAGGAACACAUAGAGGCUUAUUCAGAAGCGUUCAAAGGACGCUUAAAUUUUUCCAGACAUUUGCUUUGCUUGAGGUAGUCCACUGUGCAGUUGUUCGCACAUCUGUGCUUGUGACUGGGGUCCAAGUGAGUUCAAGAAUCUUCAUGGUGUGGUUCAUCGCACACAGCAUAAAACAGAUCCAGAAUGAGGAGAGCGUUAUUCUUUUUCUGGUCGUAUGGACUGUGACAGAGAUUACUCGAUAUUCCUUCUACACAUUCAACCUGCUCAACCAUUUGCCAUACUUCAUUAAAUGGGCCAG